GCGCUUAACAUUGACGUAUGGACUGGAAAGACUUCAGCAUCAGGAUAUUUUUAAAGUUUUGUUUGUGAUUGUUUUUGCUUAUGUUUUUUUGUAUCGACGCGGUAAUCUAGUUAGCUAGAUACUAUGCCAGUCCAAAUGAAGACUCGAUUCGACUCAUGUUUCUCCGGCGCUUGACUUCGUUCGGUUACAACUGGUCCCCUCCAUCCCCGGCCUUCAACGACGGCUGGAGGACCUUGCACUUCACCCGGACUCUAUGUUUGCCGGGUGGGCCUCCCCGGCCAGUACCUUUAAACCUCAGUCAACACCUCUCCGGUGCUUUUCGACUUCUACACCCCCACAGCUGGACAUGUAACCCAGAGCAGGGGUUAACGUUUCUCGCACUGCCUCAGAGGUCCCUCCACCUCUCUAGCGGACUGAUGGAGAGGUCGAACAAGGAACCGCCGCACAAGCCGCCCCCCCACAAGCGGAGGAGGAGUACGGAGGACCAUGGUUCCAGAGACAGUUCCGAGCCGCGCCUCCCCAAAACAGAGAAUUCGCGACACACUCGCAGCUCUACGACCAGUCCCAACUACUGGUUUAAGAAUGGGGCAAACAGAGAACCACCUCCACAAAAUACCAGCGCCGGCCCACAGAUGCCAACAAAAUUGACAGCACCUUUAUACAGGGGUUGGGAGGAGUUCAGCUCCUUCUACGAACCCCAGCAAUCUUCCAACCAACAGAGGUGUGAGUUCUCUGUGCUCACCUAUAACAUCUUGUCCCAGGACCUUCUCCAAGACAACGCCUACCUGUACCGCCAUUGCACAGAUUCAGUCCUGAGCUGGGCCUUCCGCUUGCCCAACCUGCUCCGAGAACUGCAGCUCUACGACGCCGAUAUCCUAUGUCUCCAGGAGGUGCAACACAACCACUAUGAGGAGCAGAUCAGACCUGCUCUGCAGGCCCGGGGUUACUGGUGUGAGUACAAGCGUCGAACUGGCGGCAAGCCAGACGGUUGCGCCGUGGCCUUCAAGAGAGACAGCUUCUCUCUUCUCUCCCGUCACGCUGUGGAGUACCUCCGACCCGGGGUCUCUCUCCUGGACAGAGACAACGUGGGCCUGAUCCUGUUACUGCGGCCGGCAGGUGGCACCGACCAAUCACAGCCCUCCUCCUGCCUGUGCGUGGCCAAUACCCACCUGCUGUACAACCCCCGCCGUGGCGACAUCAAGCUGGCCCAAACUGCCCUGCUAUUGGCUGAGAUCGGACGCCUUGCCCACCUGCCUGAUGGUACGCCAUGUCCAGUGGUGCUUUGUGGAGAUUUGAAUUCAGUCCCCUGGUCUCCCCUCUACUCCUUCCUCAGACAGGGCUGUCUGGAGUACGAAGGCUUGCCUACAGCCUGGGUGUCAGGACAGGAGGAGAACCCCAGGGGCCAGCGUGUCCUCUCUGCCCCCAUCUGGCCCCCCAGCCUGGGGAUCAACCGGCAGUGCCAGUACCAGACACAGUCCAGUCCAGAUCCAGCAGCAGUGGGGCAGCCUCCCCCCCCAGCCUUUCCCCCCAGCAUAGAACACUCCCUCCUCCUGUCCUCGGCAUACUCCCACCUAGUGCAUGAUGGGAGGCCUGAGAUCACCACCAGCCACUCACGCACCUCCAUCACUGUGGACUACAUCCUGUACACCCCUGGAGCAGGAGACGUGGCCGCGCACACAGAACACAGUAAGGCAGCUCCACUUCCUGAUGGGCGGGGCCUGCAUCUCCUAGGUCGACUGGGAUUGGUUGGACAAUCCGAAUUGAUGAAGGUCAAAGGGCUGCCCAAUGAGCAUCACUCGUCGGACCACCUGCCCCUCCUUGCCCGAUUUUGCCUCUGUCCCUGAACCAGAACUUUCUGCCAGCACUUGUGCACACAGACACAUCAAGGAAAAGACACAUGUAGAUACACACAAUCAUAAGGAAGCAGCAACAAUCCUCCACCUAAUGAACUGACUGUGUCAUAUCAUUCUGUUCUCAUUUGAACAAGUGAGACUUUGGGAGAACUGGAACGGACUCUUCUUUCAGGUCUCUCAGUAGACAAUGAACACCUGAGAUGUUUACAUUUACUCUGUAAUUGUGUUUAAUUUUUUAGCGGCUGAUAUUGUGCUUUAAUGUAUAGUAUGAAUGGCAAAAAGGGACAAGACAUUUUGUUUUGUUUUUUUAGAUGGUAAACACUUUUAAUUUUAUGCAGAACGAUGCAUUCAUAUCUGAGUGGAAGUUACUGCUGAGAUGUUGAUAUAAAUAAAGAUGAUGAUUUUAUUUCGA